UUCGACAUGAUUACGUAUGCGUGCCUUAGUGACUCUUUUACUGACUCCUUUCCAUCGGGUAUAGUUACUGAUCUUCUGGGAUCCGUCUUUCUCCCUAAUAAACCGCAAACAUGACUACCAUGGAUCUCCGCGUCGGUAACAAGUAUCGGAUCGGUCGCAAGAUCGGCUCUGGCUCUUUCGGCGAUAUUUACCUCGGCACCAACAUCAUCUCCGGUGAAGAGAUUGCCAUCAAGCUCGAGAGUGUCAAGGCCAAGCAUCCCCAGCUUGAAUAUGAGGCCCGCGUCUACAAGUCUCUCGCCGGUGGCGUCGGCAUCCCCUUCGUCCGCUGGUUCGGCACCGAGUGUGACUAUAACGCCAUGGUCCUCGAUCUUCUUGGCCCCAGCUUGGAGGAUCUGUUCAACUUCUGCAACCGCAAGUUCUCUUUGAAGACUGUCUUGCUCCUUGCUGAUCAGCUCAUCUCCCGCAUCGAGUACAUCCACGCCAAGUCGUUCAUUCACCGCGACAUCAAGCCCGACAACUUUCUUAUGGGAAUUGGCAAGCGUGGCAACCAGGUCAACGUGAUCGAUUUCGGUCUUGCCAAGAAGUACAGAGAUCCCAAGACUCACUUCCACAUCCCUUACAGAGAGAACAAGAACCUCACUGGCACUGCCCGUUAUGCCUCCAUUAACACCCAUCUCGGCGUCGAGCAGUCUCGCCGUGACGACAUGGAGUCUCUUGGCUACGUCAUGCUUUACUUCUGCCGCGGCUCCCUCCCGUGGCAGGGCCUUAAGGCUGCCACCAAGAAGCAGAAGUACGACCGUAUCAUGGAGAAGAAGAUGACCACUCCCACCGAGGUUCUUUGCCGCGGCUUCCCCAACGAGUUUGCCAUCUACCUCAACUACACUCGUUCGCUCCGCUUCGAUGACAAGCCCGAUUACAGCUAUCUCCGCAAGAUCUUCCGCGAUCUCUUCGUCCGCGAGGGCUUCCAGUACGAUUACGUCUUUGACUGGACCGUCUACAAGUACCAGAAGAACGCCCAGGCCAUCCAGCAGGCUGCUGGUAACUCUAGCCAGCCCCAGCCCGCGGACUCCAAGGAGGCGGCUCAGGCUGCUGCUCGUAAGGACCCUCAGCAGGCUCUGAGGAGCGGAUCCAGGAAGCCUAUGACCGGCGAGACACCUGAGACCAGCCGUGCCGUCGGCGGUAGCGACAGGAUGUGAGUUUGCCAGCCUAGCCCAGCAUUCCUAUUUGCGAUAAUAGGCUGCGCUCGGCUGCUAAAGGUCAAGGCGCUGGCUCCGGACAUGUGGCCGGCAGGUAUCGUCCUAUGGAAUGAGACUGCGGAUGCUCGCAUAUGGUAUCUACUUGGAACAAGAUCCUCGACCCAGCCAGACGGAUUACUUGCGACAGAUUGCUUCUCUUCGUUCUUCGACAUCUCUAUCAUUCACUGCCCU